AUGGGGCUACCUGAUUUCUACAAGAUCAGGAAGGGGUCGAAGAAGGCAGCACAGGACGAAACAGAGCUGCCGCCGAGCACGAGAAGUGCCGUGCCGCCCAUCACUUCAGAGAAGGUUCCGACUCGGCCCGUGAGACAAGGACAUGAUCAGACUUUGUACGGCCUGUCGGCUGCACCACCUACACCGUCUGGACCAAGUUCCAGGCCCAUGUCAUUGUCGGCGCAGUCUCGGGUCAGCUCAUAUCGAACCAACAGCUCCGUCUUUUUAGACGAGAUCAAGCAUGAGGUCAUGGUGAACUAUCUGUAUCAGCAGCAAUGCUCCCGCCUUUGGGUUUCCGACGGCAGCGGUGAGAUCGAGGGUGUUUUGCUUCGCAAGACUCGGGGACAGUAUAUGGCAUGUCCACCACAGUUGGUGGAUUCGCCUUUUGCUGUUGCUUGUGCCGCACUCAAUAUUCGCUGUGCCAUGACCGUCAACUCGAGAGUCAUCAAGACGUUUCUCCAAUGGACGCCUAACGCCGUUGAUGUGCCGCUGUUAAACGGACUCCGCAUCCAGAUCCUCCCUACAGUGGAAGAUUUGGCACGGGCCCGGAAGCACCAGUUUGCUGCCUUCAUCGCCUCGGAAGGACUGCUGGUCGUGUGGGACGACGAUGCGAUGCAUAUCGUGAGCAGGGCCAAGGACAUUGAGACCGAGCUCAUGGGCCUGGUGUGGCGGUCAGGCAGCAACGAUGACGAGGACGAGAAGGGAGGCUUGGUGACGGACUACGAGAUCGACGAAGAGAGCGGCGAAGUGAAAGCGGAGAAGCGGCCCAUCCAUCUGAUGAACACAUGGCUGGUCACAUUCACCAUCAUCCUCGUCACCCUCUCUCUCGGCGCAGCGUGGCGCCAGCUGGCUAUUGAGGUUUCCGUUGACAACAAUUACAUACGGCUUGCCCUGGUCGCCCUGUUUCCCAUCCAAAUCUUCUUCACGCUCUUCUUCGCACAGGUCAUCAUCGGCUGUCUGGCCCAGAUCUUCGGCCCCAUCCGGCAGCUUACCGUCAACUCCAAGUUCUACUCCGCCCAGCGGCCACAUCGGCUGCAGUCAUCCAUGCUUCCACAUGUCACGGUUCAGUGCCCGGUGUACAAGGAGGGUCUCGCUGCUGUCAUCGAGCCGACGGUCAAGUCGAUCAAGCAGGCAAUAUCAACCUACGAACUGCAGGGUGGCUCCGCCAACAUGUUUGUCAAUGACGACGGCCUGCAACUUCUCUCGGACGAAGAUCGGCGGGCGCGCAUCGACUUCUACGCCGACCAUAACAUCGGCUGGGUCGCGCGGCCAAAGGACGGCGAAGCUGGAUUCAAGCGUCGCGGCAAGUUCAAAAAAGCCUCGAAUAUGAACUUUGCACUCAUGAUCUCUUGCAAGGUGGAGGAAAAGCUCAGUCUGUACAACCGUGGCCAUGACUGGACCCAGAACGACGAAGCUCAGGCUUACGAGCAGGCGCUUAAGGAGGUGCUCGAGGAAGAUGGCCGCGCCUGGGCGGAUGGCAACGUCCGCAUCGGUGACUACAUCCUGCUGAUUGAUUCCGACACGCGUGUGCCGUCCGACUGUCUUCUGGAUGCUGUUUCGGAAAUGGAGCAGUCGCCUGAUGUCGGUAUCAUGCAGUUUUCGUCCGGCGUCAUGCAGGUUGUCCACAACUACUUUGAAAACGGCAUCACCUUCUUUACCAAUCUCAUCUACACGGCCAUUCGAUACACGGUUUCCAACGGCGAUGUCGCCCCCUUUGUUGGACACAAUGCUGUCCUGCGAUGGGCCGCCAUCCAGCAGGUGUCAUAUGUUGACGAAGACGGCUACGAAAAGUUCUGGUCCGAGAGCCAUGUGUCUGAGGAUUUCGACAUGUCUCUACGUCUGCAGUGCGACGGCUAUAUCAUCCGCCUGGCUGCCUGGGCUGGAGAUGGCUUCAAAGAGGGCGUCUCGCUCACCGUGUACGAUGAGCUCGCUCGCUGGGAAAAAUACGCUUACGGCUGCAACGAGCUGCUCUUCAAUCCGAUUCGCAAAUGGAUCUGGAAGGGCCCGUUCACCCCUCUCUUCCGUAGGUUCCUGGGGUCUAACAUCCGGUUCACAUCUAAAGUCACCAUCAUCUCGUACAUCGGCACGUAUUACGCGAUCGGUGCAGCGUGGGUCAUGACGACGAUCAACUACUUCCUCAUGGGGUGGUUCAACGGAUACCUGGACAAAUACUACGUCGACUCGUGGCAGGUUUGGUUCUCCAUCAUCAUUGUGUUCAACGGCCUGGGCAACAUCUCCCUCGCAAUCAUGCGGUAUCGCGUCGGCGAGCGGAGUCUCCUUUACUCUCUGUACGAAAACUUCAAGUGGACCCUUCUCCUUGCCAUCUUCCUUGGCGGCCUGUCCUUGCACGUCUCUCAGGCCUUGCUGUCACACAUGUUUGAGAUAAACAUGACCUGGGGUGCCACAUCGAAAGAGGUCGAGUUCUCUAAUUUCUUUAUCGAGAUCCCACGAGUGCUGAAGAGGUUCAAAUUUUCAAUCCUGUUUUCAUUGGUGUCCAUUGUCGCCAUGAUUAUCCUGGCCGAGGCAUCCUUCGUGCCAUACGACUGGAGGAUCAAAGACUUUGUUGCCAUAUUGCCUAUGGCAACUGUUUCCGCAUCGCAUCUGUUGUUGCCAUUCGCCCUCAAUCCCGCGUUGAUGACAUUCUCUUGGUGA